AUGUGCCAUCGGAAGAAACUUCGGUCAUCUUCAUUCAGCUCUUUCACUCACUUCUGCGCCUACCUGGCUCUCCAACCUUGCACCGUCAAUGAAGAGGAAGGCGCGAGAGAGCAGCCAUUCCCUCUGGAAGUCUUCAUAUCCGCCAUUUCACGGUAUAAGAAGCUUUCUAUCCUUCUCAUAAGUGAGGUUUCUCGACACUGGGUCUCGUUCUUCAACUUUGACCAGAACAACGAUACUUCUUCCUGA